CCUGCCCCCGGGACCAGAGUCCUGGGAGCUCCCCCCACCUUGGUCACCACCGACAGUGGACUCAUGCAGGGCAUCCUGGUUCCAGACUCUGAAAUGGAAAUAAGCAGCCACCAUGUCAAGCAGAAAGGCAAAACUCAAGACCACCAAGAACCACCCUCAGAGUGCAGUAUCCAGUGUGUUUCCCAUGUUUGACCAGUCACAGAUUCAGGAGUUCAGAGAGGCCUUCAACAUGAUUGGUCAGAACCAAAAUGGUUUCAUCAGCAAGGAAGAUUUGCAUGACAUGCUUGCUUCUCUGGGAAAGAAUCCAGCGGGUGCAUACCUUGAGGCUAUGAUGAAUGAGGUUCCAGGGUCCAUACAUUUUACCAUGUUCCUCACUGUGUUUGGUGAGAAGUUAAAUGGCACAGACCCAGAGGAUGUCAUCCAAAAUGCUUUUGCGUGCUUUGAUGAAGAAGCAACAGGCACCACCCAGAAGGAUUACCUGAGAGAGCUGCUGACAGCCAUCGGGGAUUGGUUUACAGAUGAGGAAGUAGAUGAGCUGUACUGAGAAGUGCUGAUCAACAAAAUGGGGACUUUUAACUACAUUGAGUUCACAUGCAUCCUUAAACAUGGAGCAGAGGACAAGGAUGACUGAAAGAACU